UAUGCGAAGGCAAGCAUGAAGCGUCACGGACACUUGUCUCACAACCGUCGAUGGAGAGUGUGGCUCAACGCUCACCGUCUGUUCUCCACUCGCGGCAGACUCUAAGACCCGGUCCCAGCAACAAUGUAAGACCUAUGAGCCGCCUCGAGGCCAGGCGUAGCAGCAUCUUUGGCACUAGUCCCACGAGCGAUUCGAGUCCCAGAGUCAGCUUGGGAGAAUCAUCCCCUCUUGAUCAAGACGCUACGAUGACGCAGAACUUCUAUCGCAAGCGUGGGCCCAGGACUUCUCUCGGCAGCGGACUUGCUCGAAGGCGCACACAGCAGCUCGAUGAUGUGAGCGGCACCGACGAAGAAGAGCCCACAAUCCGGCCUGUGUCGCGCGCAACUACCGAAGUCAACGGCUUCCGGACGCGGCCACGUUUCGCAUCAGAUCACCGCAGUACGGCUCCUGCUCCUCUGCGAUCCCCAGCAUUGCGUGAAGUGAUGGCAACACAGCGCUCUAAUGAAGACGCAUACGGAUCGAAUCGUGUAGCAUCCUAUGGCUCAGAGCAGAGAAUGGGGUCUGAGCACCGUCUCCGAAGGAGUUUUCAAGAGCAGCAAUUCGCGCCUGCCACGCCAGAGGAAGAAGAGAGCGAAUUGACGGAUUUCCACCCAAUAUCGAGGCCACCACAACGGGUCACGUCUCUGGGCAGAUUCAGCAGCCGCCGAGCAGCAACAGAGAAGCAGGCACAGGGCCAAGGGUAUUCACCGGGUCUUCAACAGAGAAGACAUGUUAUCGUGGAAUAGGCUUCCAUGGACAGUAUACUAUUUGCAAACGUAUUGGGACGGCGUUGAUGUCCACGAAGGAUGCAUUUUCAUGGUUUGCAAGACAUGACAGUCUGCUUUUCUUCGGGAAGAGAUGGAGUUGUGAUUUUGAUGAGAACCGUAACGAGUGGAUGGUACCCAGCGAAACGCCUGUAUUUUAUGCUUGCGAACCGUGUAUUGUAUUGUAGUACUACACCUUUUGU